CCCGCCACUGUGACUGCAGCGCUCACCCGCGGCCUUUUUAUAGCGCGGGUUUUUUUUAUUUCCAAGUGAAGCGGGGAAAACAAAUAAAAGAAUACGCGGACGAAGAGUAAAAAACAAAAACAAUAAUUCGUACUUAGCAGUUAUAUGAUUUCAUAAUCGUUGUGACGGGGAGUGUUUGCCAUGUUUUUGCUCUCUCAGCCCCCUUAAGUUUAUAGCAAUGUGAAUAACAGCAUCAUCGUUAUUAAAUGAUCGUUGGUUUGAAUGGUACCGUUUGACGUUUGUGAGGUGAACUAUGUUGUGGCAGUGAGUCGGCUUGUUCCGCACGGCUCUUCACUCGCCCCCGGAGGCCCUCGCGCGCAGGAGACGUCACGAGCUCCCCACGCCGCGCUGCAGGCAGCGUCUGUGGAUCCCAUCGCGUCGCUUCGCGACGGCCGAAGAGCGGUGCUGCGCCCCUCCUCCGGCGCUCCGCCGCUGCUGCUGACGCUGCUGCAUAUGAAUGAAGUCGUGCGCUCCUCGCGCAUGAGAGCGGAGCACGCAUUCACCGCCGCCGCCAACGGCCUGCACAAGGUUUUGCAGACGCCCGCGCCGAGCCGAACCGCGCCACACCACGUCAUACCGCGCCACUCUGCGCCACACCGCGCCACACCGCGCCACACCGCG